GCGAGGCAAACGUUGGGGGCUGCGGAGCAGCCGUUACUGUCGCUGGGAGGCUGCUGUCUCGGACCCAGAGGGACAUGGCCAGAGAGGCCUGCAGUCCUAGCGCAGGCCUGGGGAGCCCAACGAGUCUCUCUCUGCCGGUGAGUAAAAACCAGUGCUUACCAAUCAAGAUGGAGGAGAUCUCGUUGGCCAACUUGGAUACUGACAAGCUGGAGGCCAUCGCCCAGGAGAUCUACACAGACCUGAUAGAGGAUUCCUGCCUGGGAUUCUGCUUUGAGGUGCACCGGGCGGUCAAGUGUGGCUACUUCUACCUGGAGUUCGCAGACACCGGUAGCGUGAAGGAUUUGGGCAGUCAGCCAGUGGAAGACAAAGGAGCAUGCGACCUCCCGCUUUGUUCCCUUCCUGGAGAACCUGGAAACCAGCCCCAGGGGGAGCUGCAGCGGUCACCUCCAGAAUUCCAGUAGUCACAACAUGAGAGAGGGCGCUACAGGGACCAGGAUGAUAAUGUAGACUUCUCCCGUGGCUUGGAGGAGUAAGUGAAGUUGGAGGGGGGGAAAAGAGAAAAAGAAAAGAAAAGAAAAGAAAAAAGCAGAUAAAAGUCCCAGUUACCCUUAAAGAUCUUAGCAUUUAAAAAAGAAAAACAAAACAAAACAAAACAAAAAAAAAAAAACCCUCAAAGAAGAGAGUUUAGGAAUUUGGAUCCAUUUGAAGUGGUACCCAGAGCCAGCUCUGAAAUCCUGUCCAGGCAUCGUGCUGUAUUUUGAGCUCUAUAAAUACACCUGGAUGUACAGGAUCCCUGUACUGCCUCAGUACACAGGUGAGCAGCUGUGUACCCAGCGUACAAAAUUCUUCUGUUUCUCAGAUUUUGCAUCUGCUUGAUGUCAAGGGCUUCCUGCAAAGUCUGGAUGCUGUUGAUGGUCAGGCCAUAAUCAGUCAGCUUCAGUGGACUGCUCCUGGGAUUCCUAAGCCUCCAAUUGGGCCUCUUUGAUACAAAUGGAAGUCAGGUGUGGAACUUGGAUACUAAAACAUAUUAAUUCCCAUUUGAAUUCGGUAGAAAGCCCUAGACCUUGUCUACAAGAAGUUCAGAAUCACCUGUUUUCCAAAGGUCCAGCAUUUUCAGUGAUUUCAGCUGAUGUGGGGACAAGGCCUCGCCUUUGGCUCAUCAAAAGCCCUGUCUUUCCAUCCCACUCAGAGGCAAAGGUUUGGCAAAGGACAAGGUGGCUUACAAACAGCUGAAGAUUUUGUUUUGAUACUGUGAGGAUGAAGUGGACCUCUGCAGCUGCAUUACCAACCUGGAAGAUUCAUAUCAUCGUGAAUUACUGUGGACAUAAGUUUGGUGGAACAGUCUUUUCCCACUUUUGAGUUACUGGUGAUGUAGCCAACCUAUGGGUCUGUCUCGAUCAUUAUGACAGGUCACACUGUCCUCCAGGGGCACCACUGAACUAUAGAAGAGCACAGUGGCCAGGCAGGAGGGAACUUUUUCCAUCUGCCCUCAGUAAUAUGAAUGAGUUCCGUGCUAAGAGCCCUGAAACGGGCCUUGCUUCCCUGGCGUGGUUGUAGAAUCUCCUCUUCCUGAAAUUGGGCAGCCAGACCUCUGCUAUGGUGAAGUCAGACUGUCGACACCUUCUCUGCCCUCACAAAGGACAGUACUUCACUCGGUCCACUGGACCUUGUGGGCAGCAGUGGCUGUCUUUGUUCUUGGAAGUUAGGAAAAGACCUCCAAAAGUCCUUGCCUGACUUUGGAGGCUGGGAGAGAAGUGGAUGGGACGUGGCUGGCGGAUCAAAACUGUCCUCUGAUUCAGCCCUUAAGUGGGGGUUUUUGAAGGGUAGGAGGGUGGCAGUCCUGAGGUGAGCAGAAUAGAACAGUGAUGCUUUAUCUGAAA